AUGUUUACCGGUCUUGUGGAAACCAUGGGCACUGUGCUCGAGUACAACGGCGAUUCCAGCGGCGCCACUGCUGUUUUCGGCGACUGCGCCUCCAUCUUGGGCGAUGUCAAUUUGGGCGACUCCAUCUCCACCAACGGCGUUUGUCUCACCGUCACACAUUUUGACGACGCCCGCACGCAGUUUUCUGUCGGCAUAGCGCCCGAGACACUCCGGCGCUCGACUUUGGGCGCGUUGCGUCCAGGCGACAAGGUCAACUUGGAGCGGGCGGUCAAGAGCGACGUCCGCAUGGGCGGGCACGUUGUUCAGGGCCACGUGGAUACCGUGGCGACCAUUGUGCAGAAAGUUCCAGACGGGACCGCCGUCGCCUUCACGUUCCGGCUCCGCGACCGGGAAAACAUCGAUUUUGUCGUGGAGAAGGGCUUUGUUGCCGUGGACGGCGCUUCUCUCACUGUGACGGGUGUGGAUCACCAGGCGGGCGAGUUUUCGGUGAUGCUUGUCGAUUACACACAGAGCAAAGUGAUCACGGCAGCGAAAGUGCAAGGUGAUGCUGUCAACGUCGAGGUUGAUUACACGGGCAAGGUGAUUGCGCGGCAGAUUGAUAUUGCGCUCGAAGGCCAGUUGAGACGGCCUGACUCGGCGUUGGCCCGGUUCAUUCUGGAUGCGAUUGAGCGCAGAUUGAAGGCGGCGUGA